CCCGCGGGGCCCCGGGGUUGCGGUCCGGGGCGGGGCGCUGGGCUGGCGAGUGGGCCGCGAGGUGACCGCGACCGGCCCGGCCCGACCGCCCCCCCCGCCCACGCUGCCACCCCCCGCUGACGCCCCCCGGCCCAAAAUAGCGCGGGGCGGAGCCGGCACCGCCAUGGCGAGGCAGCCCGCCAAGACGCUGUGGUACGACCGGCCGCGCUACGUCUACCUGGAGUUCUGCGUGGAGGACAGCAGGGACGUCCAGGUCGUCAUCGAGGAGCAGCGGCUGGUCUUCAGUUGCAAGAAUGCAGACGGCGUGGAGUUCUACAAUGAGAUCGACCUGUAUGCCAGGGUCAACUCCAAGGACUCACGGGAGAAGCGCUCUGACCGCUCCAUCACGUGCUUUAUGAGGAAGUGGAAGGAGAAAGUGGCCUGGCCACGCAUCACCAAGGAGAACAUCAAGCCGGCCUGGCUCUCCGUGGACUUUGACAACUGGCGAGACUGGGAAGGGGACGAGGAGGUGGAGAGGGCCAUGAUGGAGCAGUACGCAGAGCUCCUGGAGAAGGUGACGGACAAAGGCCCCCCGCCAGCCAUGGAUGACCUGGAUGACGAGCUCUGAAGCCCGGGCCCCCGAGGACACCGCGGAGGCCUCCCGGUGCACCGGCAGCACGCGCUUCCGGGGGCCGCCCCAGCAGCUCCCCGCCGGGCCGUGACCCAGCCGGUCUCCGGUCUCCUGUGCCCGUUACCCGCGCGGGGCACGGGGCAAUAAACGUGAGCUGCCACCGCA